AUGCUGGAUCUGUUUGAUAUUACUCAUGAGGUUGGAGUGUCAACACCGCUAGCUAAGGAGUGUGAGACUGGUUUUGACAUUAAGUGUAAUGAACCCUUCGAUAAUAAGUUGUAUGAACAGGCUGUAGGGCAUAUAAUGUAUGUCGCCACGGUAAGCCGUCCUGAUGUCGCGUGUGCAAUAGGAAAGUUAAGCCAAAGAUGCGCAAAUACGACUGUAUCUAAUUGGAAAGCAGUGAGGCGGAUUUUUAAGUACCUGUUGAAGACCAAAGACUUGGAGCUAGUGUACCAAAGGACAGGACAACCUUUGAAGGUGUUUUGUGAUUCAGACUUUGCGGGUCGUUCAGUAGAUAGGAAAUCUAGGAGUGGGUAUGUCUUCAUACUCGCUGGUGGUGCAACAUCUUGGUUGUCAAAGAAACAACCAAUUAUAUUUCAAUCGACAUGCGAAGCAGAAUUUGUAGCAAUGCAAGAAGCAGCAAGGGAGACUGUAUGGAUAUCCUUACUGUUAAGGGAGUUGGGUCAACUAUCAUAUUGCCCUCGCCCAUGCAAAAUUUUCUGUGAUAACAUCGGAGCUAUUUCAUGGCCCAAAGAUGAAGUAAUUGCCGAGAGUUCUAAGCACGUCCAAGUGCGUUAUUUCUAUGUUAAGAACUGCGUGUCGAAAGGGAUAUUAUAUUAUACCUAUAUACCUAGUUCUGAGAAUGUUGCUGACAUUUUUACCAAAGGUUUAAAUAGAGUUAAGACUCAAAUUUUUACCAAAGCUAUGGGACUUGUAGAAACUACGAUCAAAGGGGAGUGUUAA